AUGUGUGGGAUAUUUUUUUCCCUGUCAUCAACACCCACACCACCAACCCAGGAAACAAAGGUCCUCCUUGAGACACGCGGCCCUGAUAGCUAUCAGUUACACACUGUGCGCAACGAGGCUACACAACAUGACGCGUCCGAAUCCCUAACCUACUAUUUGACCUUCAUGUCAACCGUACUGUCCCUCCGAGGUGACCACGUGUAUUCGCAGCCUCUUGUAGAUAAUAGUACGAAGAGUGUGCUCUGCUGGAACGGAGAAGCCUGGAAGAUCGCCGGUGAGCGUGUUUUAGGCAAUGAUACCGAGCAUAUUUUUGCUUUAUUUUUAAAUGCCGUGAAUUGUGAUGAUCAGAAACAGGCUUCUCAUGGGCUAGCUGAUGCUGUUGCAUCCAUAUCUGGGCCAUUCGCCUUUGUCUUCUAUGAUGCUACUCAUUCACAAGUUUACUUCAGCAGAGACUGCCUCGGCAGAAGGUCCCUCCUACAAGGUUGGAACGAUGAUGGAAGCUUGAAGCUAUGCAGUUUAUGCGAUGGGUCUUCAGAGGCUCAUUACGAAGAAGUUGGCUUUGACGGUGUCUACACCAUUGAUCUUGAUACAUUAUGUGAUCCAUCAAGGUCUCUCCAGAGCCAGUGCAAGAUUGAGGCUUUACCAUGGACCUCAGAUCCUUCACCCAUUGCUGGUCACAUCAGAAAUCCAAUUCCGCCAAUGAACAUGUCAGUGCCAGACACUCAGCCUCCAGCCCUUGAAGUUAAUUCUCCAUUUGUCCAAGAGCUCGAGUAUAGACUUCGACAAUCCCUUGCACUUCGAAUUCAAGAUGUACCAGAACCACCAGGUUAUGUCCAAGGAUCUAGUACCAAAAUUGCAGUGCUGUUUUCUGGUGGUCUGGACUGCGCACUGCUUGCCCGUCUCUCGCAUGACAUUCUACCAUUGAAUGAACCGAUUGAUUUGCUAAACAUUGCAUUUGAAAAUCCCCGUGUCGCAGCUGCGGCAAGAUCAAACCAGCAGAAAACUCUGUCCACCACUUCUACCCCCGCCAUGAUCUACGAAGCUUGUCCCGACCGGAUCACCGGUCGAUCAGCCUUUGCUGAGCUAAAGAGUACAUGCCCUGGCCGCAACUGGCGCUUUGUUGCAAUUGAUAUCCCUUAUACAGAGACCUUGGCCCAUCGAGACACCGUCAGGCGACUCAUGAGACCCCACAACACAGAAAUGGACCUUUCCAUCACAUGUGCUUUGUACUUUGCGUCACGUGGUCAAGGCACACUAACCACAUCCACUCCCACCAACUCAGAAUCAGAACCUGGAACUUACACAACUUCAGCGCGAGUCCUUCUUUCUGGCCUCGGUGCAGACGAGCUCUUCGCUGGCUAUGGCCGCCAUGGCAUCGCCUUCAACCGGUCCGGGUUCGAAGGUCUUCUUAACGAGAUCAAACUUGAUGUCAGCAGGCUCGGACAGCGCAAUCUCGGUCGCGAUGACCGUGUUCUCUCCCACUGGAGCCGUGAGACACGCUUCCCCUACCUCGAUGAGGAGUUCGUCGCGUGGGUUCUCCAUGCCCCAGUCUGGAAGAAAUGCGGCUUCGGACUUGCAGACACGUCAGUCAGCAAUUCCCCGGAACAAAGCACAGCUGGCAUCGAUGCAGAAAAAAUGGCUCUUCGUCUGGUUGCUCUCCGGCUCGGGCUACAGAGUGUUGCACGCGAAAAGAAACGCGCUAUACAGUUUGGUGCCAGGACAGCGAAAAUGGAGAAAGGUCGAACUAAAGGCACCGACACUCUGAGUUAA